AAGCAAUGUUCUUCUGGAUAAAACAUGACUGCACAUGUUGGUGAUUUCGGAUUGGCAAGAUUUGUACAACAAAGGCCGAUUCAAAGUUGUUCAGAAAACAACAGUUCUAUAGGAGGAGUUGGAGGAACUAUUGGUUAUGCUCCACCAGAAUAUGGUAUUGGAAGUAAGGCAUCAAAAGCAGGUGAUGUAUAUAGCUUUCGCAUACUAAUCUUGAAAAUGCUCAUUGGGAGGAGACCCACUGAUGAAUUGUUCAAAGACGGCUUAAACCUUCAUAGCUAUGCUAAGGCUGGUUUAGCAGAGAGAGGAGUGGAGAUUGCAGAUCCAAAAAUUCUCCAAGAAAGAGUUGAACAAAUACAAAUGAGGAACAAAGGGAAAUAUUGCAAGGAGAAUGACAAAUUUGAUGUGUGCUUAGUUUGUAUGAUCGAAGUUGGGGUUGCUUGCUCUGUUGAAUUCCCAGCAGAUAGAAUGAAGAUUAGUGAUGUUGUUGGUGAAUUAAAUAAAGUAAGGAAAUCCUUCUUGAUGUAAUUAGAACAGCAAGCAGAAGCUUAGGAGUUUGUUUCAUUAUAUAUUUCGUCUUUUCUAUCAUUACAAUCUGUGUUUGGAGAAUUGUUCGGGAUAUUGUUUUUACUACUAUUUCUCUA